AGAACCUGCGCUCCUGUCUUAUUUGUUUUGUUCCUUUAAAUUCAGUUUAUCUAGGUAUUUAUCAGAUAAAAGCAGCAAUGCAGCCAGGAAAAAUGCCAGAAGUUAUAAAAACUUCUUUUACCAUAGUAGAUAUUCUGGAUCCCACUAAGUUUAACGGAAGAUGUGCGGUUCCUCGAGGAGGUGUCACGGUGCAGAAAAAUAGUGGCAAACAAGCAGAGACCGUAGGGAUUCCUGACUUUAGCAUCGUGGAGGGACGAAGUCCUCCUGAAUCCACCGCAGAUCAGCCGAGGUGCAAGACGAGGCGCAUCCGGACAGCCUUCACGCUGGAGCAGCUGCGUGUGCUGGAGCACAGCUUCCGCGCCAGCCAUUACCUGUCCGUCUUCGAGCGCUACGGCAUCGCCACCGCGCUCCAGCUCACCGAGACGCAGGUGAAGAUCUGGUUUCAGAAUCGGCGCACCAAGUGGAAAAAGGAAAAUAAGGACAAUGUGUCUGAUGACCAAGAGCAAGCCGGACCGUGCUAUGGGCUGCCGCACGCGGACCCCGCGAGUUUACAUGGCCUUCCCACGCGUUAUUGCCACACCGUCCCCAUGUGCUCGCAGCCGGCUCUGAUGCCUUCGGUUCUAAGUCACCAUCACCAUCAUCAUCUUCAUCAUGUAUUUUAAAAUGAUUGAGACUUGCUGUGUUGCGUUCCUGGUUCACUAUUACCUAAAUUAGAAAGAGGGAGAUUUGAGUGCGUACAUUGCAAAAUGUUAGAAGCAACAACGUGUAAGUAAAUUAUUUUAAGGUGCGAAACUGUAAAACUAUGUUUUUACCCUUUGGGUAAAUUCUUGAGAUUUUGUAUAAAAUGUUAAUAUAAAUAUAUGACUAAUAAUUGUGUUAUUUAAAACGGUGUAUGUCUAGGCCUACCUCUGAUA